CGCAACCCGACCCAGGCGGGACCUUUGUCCGUCCGCAGGACAGCGGGGCCGGCCGGGCGGGGCGGGGUGGAGAAAGGUGCAGAAGCCUGGCCCUGUCACCGCCAGGAGAGUCCAGCCUGAUCCUCGGUCACAGUGAGGGCAGCCCAGCCUGACUGUGCAGCAGACCCAGAGACAGCAGGAAAAUGGCAUCCUGGGACGAAAAGGCCGUCACCCGCAGGGCCAAGGUGGCUCCUGCUGAGAGGAUGAGCAAGUUCCUGCGGCACUUCACCGUGGUAGGGGACGACUACCACGCCUGGAACAUCAACUACAAGAAGUGGGAGAAUGAGGAGGAGGAGGAGGAAGAGGAGCAGCCGCCAGCUGUGCCCGCGGCGGGCGAGGAGGGCAGCCCCGCGGAUGCUGAGGCCAGCCCUGUCCCCACGCCCAGGCCCCCCCGUGACUUCAGGAGCACAUUGAGGAAGCUCUUCAGCUCCCACAGGUUUCAGGUCAUCAUCAUCUGCCUGGUGGUCCUGGACGCCCUCCUCGUGCUGGCCGAGCUCAUCCUGGACCUGAAGAUCAUCCAGCCCGACAAGAACAACUAUGCGGCCCAGGUAGUGCACCGCCCCGCUAUCGCCAUUCUGGUGUUCUUCAUGAUGGAGGUCAUCUCUAAGGUAUUUGUCUUCCACCUGGAGUUCUUUGACCACAAGUUUGAGAUCCUGGACGCUAUAGUGGUGGUGGUCUCCUUCUUCCUCGACAUCAUCCUCGUGUUUCGGGAGCACGAGUUUGAGGCUCUCGGCCUGCUGAUCCUGCUGCGGCUGUGGCGGGUGGCUCGAAUCAUCAAUGGGAUAAUUAUCUCAGUUAAGACGCGUUCAGAACGGCAUCUCCUAAGGUUAAAACAGAUGAACAUUCAACUGGCCGCCAAGAUCCAGCACCUCGAAUUCAGCUGCUCCGAGAAGGAACAAGAAAUUGAGAGGCUCAGCAAGCUGCUGAGACAGCACGGACUUCUUGGUGAGGAGAGCUAGACGCUGACAGCUCCACCAAGAAGACUCUCCCUGCCCGGUCUGUGCCUUGGGGUGAGAGGUUUGGUGCAACGCCUUUGCCUUGCCCCCCACCACCCCUUAUCUGGGGGACACCGCCUUUCAGUAACUGUUUCUUCCUUGGUUUGGCUGGGAGAUGCCCAGCUCACUCCCCACCUCACCCUGUAUACUCUUGCUCAAAAAUGACCAAUGAAGCUGGACAAGUACUAGUUGUAUAUAAAAUUUAACCUCAGCAAAUAUAGUUUUGAAAUUUCACGUGGGUGGUGGACCAGCGCAGCCUUUCACAGGAGCAUUCUGAAAGAAAAAGAAAAGCAGAUACUUUAGCUACCAGCCCGUUCUAGAAAAGUCUUUAUUUCCACGCUGUUCUACAUCCCCCAGGGAGGUUGUUCCAGUUCCCAGGCCCCUCCUCUGCGGUAUCCAGCUGCACCAGCUAACUUCUAGCUGGCUCCGCCUACUUCUGCCACCUGACAACAUUUUUCUCAAUUACUGUGCAAUUAAUGUAUAAGAUGAACGCUCUUCUUCCCUUGGGCCCUCCCGCCACAUCCUUUCCUUGCUGGCAUCCCACACCAGCCCAGCAGUUGAGUGCCAGCUCGCUGCAGGGCCAGUGAAGAAAUGGCAAUUACAAGGCUGGCCUGUAAUUAACAUGAGCUUGGGGGAGAAUCCCUCGUGAGACUUUGUAUUCUACUUAUACCGUUUUAUAUGAUAUUUUGCUAUUUUUGUACUUCAAGGGGACUUGAAAGAAAACCUGAGCUAGAAACAAUGAACACUUCUAAAAUAACUCCCAUUACAGCGGGAUGGAUAAACCGGAUAGGCCCUCUGCCCAUGCUACUUCAAGCUCUGUCCUUUCUGCUACCUCCCCAAAGACAAUCUGGUUUCCACCCAUGACCUAGGGCUUCACAGUGCUGGGAACAACUAGUUCCAAAACCAAACCAAGCAGACUGAAAUAUCCAUGAGGAGAAAAGAGUCAGAGCGGAGAGGGCAGAGGGCUGGUUUGGGGCAACACCCAGGGGUGGGAGAAAGGUGACGAGUGGGAUGUCUCUGAGGGACCCAUGGCCCCACGUGCCUGCUGCUCCAGAGGUGAAGCCCUUCAGGCCCGGUGUGCUUUCCUUCGGUGACUACUUACAUUACACAAACGGGAAGAAAAAGUUGAGGGGCAGCUUGGCAUUGAUGGUGGGUGGUGCUCUGAAACCAGCCUCCGCAGGUGCAGACACGUCCACAAAUGUGACUGCGGUGGAGAUGACAAUCGUCCUGUCCUUGCCUGAGCGGGUCUGUAAUAAAGUCAGAGCCACAGGCCCCCCCUCUAGUGAGUCAGGGCGCAGACAGGACUGCUUUCCCCGUCCGUGCUCACCCGCUGUCAGGCCAUGAGUCUCAUACGUGUGGGAGGUGACUGCCAAGACUACCCAAGGUGCACAUGACUCACUGUUCAUAAGAAUUGGAAAGGUCAAACUGAAACAGGCAUUCCGAUGCAAGUAAAACCUUUGUGAGUUUUUUCCCUUUGAGUAAAAGAGUGACUGCGAAAUUGUUUUAAGAGUCCAAGUUGGUUAGAGAAUAAUUUUUUUAACCAAGUAAUAAAUUUUAUCUGUCACACUUGA